GGGAUCGCCGUGAAAGCACCGGAUCGCAGAACGUCACGUGUCUCCGGUGGACAUCACAGGAGCGCAAAGUUCCCGACGAUCCAGAUGGGAAGAGCGGGAAUGCUUUCGCAAGCAGAGGGACCGAAGGACAUCACCUGAGACCGAUGUUAUUCGCACGCGCGCGCUUCACGGUAGACGCAUGCGGCGCCGCAGGAUGCGUGCAUGCGGGAAUUUAACGUUUCCAGUGUUGUUGCAAUGCGGCGGGGAGGAAUCUGAUGAGAGCAGGGAUCUGGGACGGUGAAGGCUGGGAUUCUGCGCUGCUGUAUCUGGAUCCAGACCUCCGAUCGUGCUCUCUCUCCGCUUGCGCAUCGCUCUUUGAAGCCGCGACGAUGACCAGCGCGGAUCAGGAGCAGCAUCAGGACCGCACCAUGACGACGGUCUCCAAGAAAUCCAUCAUCGCCAAGAUGUUCAAAGUGCGUAAGAGGAGGGAGAUGCUGCUGGCGCAGGUGUGUUUGGUCUGCAGUGUUCUGCUCGUGGCGUGGAGCAUGUCGAGCAUCCUGACCAGGACAGGUCAUGGUAUGAUUGUGGAGGAGUGGCAUAUGGAAUCACAUGAUCACUGGGGUCGACGGCUGAUGUCCUCUGCGCCUGAUAAUGCGACGGAGGUGAAGAACUGCACAGAGCCAGCCAUUCGUGAAUUUCCAGAUGACAUUUUCACCAAUGCUGAGAGGAAGAGCGGUGCUGUAAUGCUGCAUAUUAUAGCGGCUCUCUACAUGUUCCUCGCUCUGGCAAUCGUGUGUGAUGACUACUUUGUGAUGUCUCUUGAGAAAAUCUGUGAGAAGCUGAAUCUGAGCGAGGAUGUGGCUGGCGCCACGUUCAUGGCGGCGGGGAGCUCAGCGCCCGAACUAUUCGCUUCUGUUAUAGGUGUCUUCAUUACUCACGGUGAUGUUGGAGUUGGAACAAUAGUCGGUUCUGCUGUCUUCAAUAUUCUCUGCAUCAUUGGAGUUUGUGGGAUCUUUGCUGGGCAGGUGGUCGUACUGACCUGGUGGCCAGUUUUCCGUGAUUCUUUCUUCUACAUAUUGUCUGUUAUUGCUCUAAUUGUGUUCAUCUAUGAUGAAAAGAUUGUGUGGUGGGAGAGUCUGGUUCUGGUGGUCAUGUAUGCUGUAUAUAUCCUUAUCAUGAAAUUUAAUGCAAGCCUGCAGAAGUUUUUCUCAAGGCGGAGCGACACGAAUGUUGCUAAUGGAAAUGCAGCGGCUGGCAGUGAACUGGAGGAUGGUAAAGACCGUUUUGACUGUAACUGGGACGAUCCGUCCAUACCGCUGUUGGGUCCAGUCAAGUCCAGUAAGGUUUACAGUCGAGGUUCUGUGGUAAUGGUUGAUGAAAUCAUCAAUGCUAGUCCUCCACACUACCGUUUCCCUGAAGCCGGUCUCCGUGUGAUGAUCACAAACCACUUCGGACCCAAGACUCGUCUGCGCAUGGCCAGCCGUCUCAUUAUAACCGAGCGUCAGAGGUUGGUCCAGGCGGCUAACGGUGUGGAGACUGCUGUGGUGGACGGCAAGCCAGACAUCGAGAAUGGAAACGUGCCAGAAGACAAAACCGCUGAAGAGAAAGAGAGUGAGCUCACCUCACCGUUCAGAAUACCAGCCGGCUGUGUGAACAGAACUAAAUGGCUGAUCUCUUGGCCGCUGUUAUUGAUCCUGUUCUUCACCAUCCCAAACUGUGCCAAGUCUCGCUGGGAGAAAUACUUCAUGCUCUCGUUCAUCCACUCCACCGUCUGGAUCGCCGUCUUUUCCUACUUCAUGGUGUGGAUGGUGACGAUCGUCGGAUACACGCUUGGCAUUCCCGAUGUCAUCAUGGGCAUCACGUUUCUGGCGGCGGGCACAAGCGUCCCAGACUGCAUCGCCAGCCUGAUCGUGGCUCGUCAAGGACUGGGAGACAUGGCCGUGUCCAACACCAUCGGCAGCAACGUCUUUGACAUUCUGGUGGGGCUCGGCGUUCCCUGGGCGCUGCAGACCAUGGCAGUCAAUUAUGGAUCAGUUGUGAUGAUAAGCAGUCGGGGAUUGGUUUACUCCGUGGUGCUGCUGCUGGGAUCUGUCGCGCUCACCAUUCUUGGGAUUCAUCUGAACGGGUGGAAGCUGGACUUUAAGCUGGGUGUCUAUGUGCUGGUUCUGUACGUCAUCUUCCUCUGCUUCUCCAUCAUGAUCGAAUAUAACGUCUUCACCUUCGUCAACCUGCCCAUGUGUCAGGAAGACUAAAAUCUUCACAUGGGCCACUCCGUAUCCCAGAAUGCACCACCCUGAUGUCAGAACCUCCAGAACCACCAUCACCUCAGACUGGAGCGAUGUUAGUCUUCAUGAGGACUAACGCUUAAUUCAAGCUCCUUUCAUUCGACUCAUUUCACUGUGGAUGGACAAAUGGAUACGAUCUUCCACUUAAGCUCAUUUUGCUGACCUCUGACCCCGGAUUUUGACCCAGAAAGAGGAACUUGUCCUUGGCAGCUCUUCUCUUCCAGUUUAAUAUUGUAGAAUGCAUGGCAAAUAGGAAGUCUAUGGACGCCUGGAUAAGCAUUCAUCCUUUUCUACAUGCUUACACUGAUCUAUUUCUUCUUCUUUGU